CGGCGCAGCACCAGCACCAUGUGGCACUGGGCGGCCACCUGCGGCAUGGGGCGCGUGCUGGACUCGGCGCUGCGCGUGCGCGGCGUGGACGCGCUGCGCGUGGCGGACGCGUCGGCCAUGCCGGGCCUCACCAGCGGCAACACCAACAUGCCCGUCAUCAUGCUGGCCGAGCGCGCCGCGGACCUCAUCAAGGCCGACUGGCCGUAGGCGCCGUAGCCAGACGCAUUCUCAGAGUCGAGGCAAAUCAACAAAAAAUUUAAAAUACUCUGCAAUUUACUUAGAUAACCGGCCGAAAGGUACAAAUAAAGCCGUUCGUGGCCCCCCUGUAAAAUGUGCCACCUUAACAUACGAAAAAUACGAUUUUUUGAAAACUGA